CACUUUGGCGGAAAUCUCGAAAUCGCACCCAAAUCGCACCUCGACUCCACCCACACCACCACCAACAACACACCGCAAAAAUGUCGUCCGUCACUCCCAUCGUCGUGUCCAUCGGCAACCCCCUCCUCGACAUCACCGUCCCCGUCGCCGACGGCCCCAAGUACCUCGAGAAGUACGGCCUCAAGGCCAACGACGCCAUCCUCGCCGAGGACAAGCACCUCCCCAUCUACCAGGAGAUUGUCAAGAACCCCGGCGUCACGUACGUCGCUGGCGGCGCUGCCCAGAACGCCGCCCGCGGUGCUUCGUACCUCCUCCCCGCCGGCUCGGUCGCCUACAUUGGCUCGGUCGGCGACGAUGACCUCGCCAAGACCCUCACCGACGUCAACACCAAGGAGGGUGUCGUCUCCAAGUACCAGGUCCAGGCUGCCCCCGCGCAGACUGGUGCUUGCGCCGUCAUCCUCUCCAACCACGACCGCUCGCUCGUGACCACCCUCCGUGCCGCCGAGCAGUUCACCAAGGACCACCUCGCCAAGCCCGAGGUCGCUGCCACCCUCGCUGGCGCCAAGCUCAUCUACAUUGAGGGCUACUUCCUCACCCACGGCAUCGAGUCGGCCCUGGAGGUCGCCAAGCACGCCUCGGCCACCGGCCGCACCGUCGUCCUCAACCUCUCGGCCCCCUUCAUCCCCCAGUUCUUCAAGGUCCAGCUCGAGGACCUCCUCCCCCACGUCGACAUCCUCAUCGGCAACGAGUCCGAGGCUGCCGCCUACGCCGAGGCUGCCGGCCUUGGCGACGCCUCGCUCGAGCAGAUCGCCACCACCCUCGCCGGCUUCUCCAAGUCGAACGCCUCGCGCCCCCGUCUCGUCGUUGUCACCCAGGGUGCCGACUCGACCCUCGUCGCCUCGUCGUCGCCCUCGGCCUCGCCCGCCAACCUCUCGCCCACCGACGCCAACCCCAAGACGUACCCCGUCCCCAAGCUCGCCGCCGACAAGAUCAUCGACACCAACGGUGCCGGUGACAUGUUCGCUGGUGGUCUCCUCGGCGCCCUUGCCCUCGGCAAGUCGCUCGACGUUGCCAUCGAGACCGGCCACAAGCUCGGCCAGAUCUGCGUCGGCCAGAACGGUGCCACCCUCGAGUUCCCCAAGGUCCAGAUCUUCUAAGCAGGUCAUAGCUGUCUAGGUCUCAGGUUCCCCAGGUCCCUCGCUGGCCUCAACGGCCGCACACCAACCCCAAAUACCCUCACCCACAUACCCCCCAAACCAAAGCCUGAAAGGCCUGUAACCUAUUCCCCCAUAGACCAGAGGGAUGCAUCAUUUCAACA